AUGUAUCCCGUGCAGUGGGGACGAAAUGCCUCUGCGGGGACAUUCCUGGGGCGAGUGACCAACAUGGCGGACAUGAGCGACGUCACCCUCAUCCAAGAUGAGGACCUGCUGCGACGCAUGGGCCAAAUGGCGCCUGCGAUAGGCAAUAGGUGGGGCAACGACGCCGGUGCACCGCGGGGCGCGUCAACCACUUAA